AUGGUGGUCAUCGAGGAUGAUAGCGUGAGGAUGGACGCCGUGUGCCAGCCCCUGCAGUACCACCCCGGGGCGACCGUCACUAAGGUCGUGGGCACGAGCAACUUCCCUCCGUCCUUCGCCGCGGUGGGCUACGCUCCAUGCUUCAAGGGCUUCGGUCCCGUGCCCGGUGGUAAGGCUGAGAAUAACCCCGACGUCGCCUUCGUAAAGCGUGCGGAGGUCCAGCCCGACGCGGGCGCCAUCCACGGCGCGUUCCAGCACGUCGCCAUCUUUAAGAACAUCCUCGUCGCCGCCGACGGAUGCAAAUCGGCCAAGCUCAGGGUGUUCGACGUGCGGGAUUGGUCCGAGAAGCAGGUCAUACGCGUUGGCGCCGUCAGCGAGGCCACUACGGGCGACUCCUCGGGCGCCGGCGGCCCCGCGCCCGCGGCGGUCACCUCCCUGGUAUUCGAUGGUACCACAAUCGCGUGCGGCACCGCGGAGGGUCACGCGCACACGUGGCGACUGGCCGAGCACGAGGGCAAACGCGGGUACGUUCGCCUGCUGCACCCGCUGCGCGUGGACUCGCAGCCGGUGACGCGGCUAUCGCUCGCGUCGGAGGCCAACCUGCUGACGGCGUACUCGCCCACGAAGCGAACGCUGGUGGUUUGGUCUCUGGAAACCGGCAAGCUUCAUGCGGCGUAUUCGGUGGACGGGGUGGCGAAAGGUACGCCCCUGCGUUUCACCGCGCACGUGGAGUCGGUCAUCGCUUGCGUCCACGCGUUCGGGGACGGGGACGACCCGGACGGCGGAAAGGGCGUGCUCGCCGCGCUUCUGGACGUCAAGACCGGCGAGGGCGGCGCCGUCAAGGGCGCGAGGGAGGUCACCGAGGGCGAGGGGGAGCCCCGGUGCCUAACCUUCGACGGCGAGUUGCUCUGCGUCGGAACCUCGGGAGGCGCGGUCAUCGCGUGGAACGUGGGCGAGGCGUACGCCCCGUGGAAGGGGUACCACGGCGGCGAGGUUGGAUGCGUCGCGAACGUGCCGGGCGACGCGGCGAGGAUCGUCUCGGGGGGAGCCGACGGUAGAAUAAUUCUGUGGGACGGCGAGGGUAAAGCGCAGGCUCGGAUGGAGGUUGGAUCUCCGGUGACGGCGAUUCACGCGCCGUCGCCGAGGCUGGCGCUCGCGGGAACCGAGGACGGCGCGGUCCACGUGGUGGCGCUGUGCGACGGCGAGACGGACGCGGACGAGGCUCUCACCGCCGAGCUUCGCGGCGGGAAGAGAAGGUCCAACGAGCUCGCGCGGUACAGCUUCAAGUUCGACGCGAAGGGCGCCUCCCCGGGGUGUGAGUCUUUCGAGGCGUUCACGCGCACGUUCCGGAUCGAGGAGGGCGCGUACACGGCCCCGCCCGCCGAGAAGGAGGAUACGAAGAAAUCGAGGGCUGACGAGGCCAGGGACAAAAAGGUCGCGGAGGCCAUGAUGAAGGGGGUUGGCGAGACAGAGGAGGAGCGGAAGAAGCGGGAGGACGAGGAGGAAGCCGCCAAGCACCGCGCGAUGGACGGCGCCGGCGUCGCCCGCGACCCUAACAUCAAGUCCAGCACCGAGGGUUUACGGCGGUGCUCCAACCCGCGGUGCGUAGAGCGCGAGGAUACAAUCGCGGGCAAGAUGCUGAGGUGUUCGCGGUGCAAGGCGGCGUGUUACUGCUCCUCGCACUGUCAGCGGACGCACUGGCGGGACGGUCACAGGGAGUCCUGCAAGCCCCCGGGCGCAGCCGCGCCCGAACUGACUGAGGAGGCGGCGAAAGACGCGCCGGCACCGCCCUCGCCGGCGCCGCAGCGAAGGCAGCUCGUCAUCGAGGACGACUCCGAGGAUGAAUCCUCCGAGGAGGAGGAGGAGGAGGAGAAGGAGGAGGAGAAGGAGGAGGAGAAGGAGGAGAAGAAGGAGGAGGAGGAGGAGGAGGAGGACAAGGAGGAGGAGAAGGAGGAGGAGGAGGAGGACAAGGUGGAGGAGAAUGAGCCCACCGCGCGUGACGAGAAGGAGGCAGAGCCGGAGCUGGAGAAGGAUGAAUCGCCCUUCGACGAGACCGAAGAGCCGCUCGUCGUUCGCCCGGGCCUACCGCCUUUGGACGAGAUCUUCGCCGACCUGGACCUCGACCCGGACGAGUUGGCGCAGCUCAACAACAUGAACGACAUGAACGACAUGGACGAGUCGCUCGAUGACUUCGAUGACUUCGAUGACUUCGACGUCAUUCGGGCGGGCGACGAGCGGACUCGAGCGAUGGAUGAUGAGUUGUUUGAGGACCUGGACGACGACGACAUCGACGAGGAGGACAUGGAGGAGUUCCAGAAGGCGAUGGAUAUGCCCGCGUUACCCCCGUGGAUGACCACUCACAGGCCGGGCGCCCAGCAGAGCGUGACUGCGCCGUCGGACACGGGUGGCGUCGAGGAGCCCUCGGCUUCCGCUUCGAAGCCGGGGUCCAAUCCAUCGCCUGCGGUGGAGAAGGAGGAGGCUCCCGAGGUGGCGGAAGACUCGGAUGAUGACCCGCUGUACGACCUCGACUGAUUCAUCGAAUUUCAUCGAAGCGAAAACUUA